AUGGCAGACCCUCUAUCUAUACUGGGUGCGGCAGUUGGUGUAACAUCUUUAAUUAUUCAGACAUUUGACGAAUGUAUCAAAGCAUAUCAGUACUACGCGAAGGCGGUAGGCAUGCCAGAUGAAUACCGCUACUGCAAGAUCCGCCUCCAAAUGGAACAACAGCGCUUCCUCAACUUUGGGCUUGAAGCCGGAGUCCUGUACACUGAUGGCACUCUGUGUGAGACACUCCGAAUCAACAGUUCCUUGCUUCUGGCAGUGCUUGCUGAGAUAAAAACGCUCUUUGAGGAGUAUGCAAGAAGGAAUGGAAAAUAUGAGGAAACUCAAGGUGAAACUAGAUGGGGUGAUCAGGGGGAACCAGAGACUGAUCUGGUCACUCUAAUAUACCCACCUUUGGACCAUUCAAAUAGUCCCGCGUUUGUCUCUGACGAGAAAAAACAUCAGCGCUUGAAAAAACUUCGCAAGGUAGUGCAAGGGAUAGUACAAACUGGAAAAAAUCUUCGCACUAUUGCACUGGAACCCAGACGCUUAGUAUGGGCAACUGUGGAUAAAUCAAGUUUCGAGAACGUCAUUGCGAAGCUUGGGGCUCUCAACUCUUUUCUUAUAUGUCUUCUGGACAGUGCGCGAGUCGAACGAUUGCAGCUUACUAUGGAUACAAGUUAUAACGAGAUUCUGCAAAUUCGUGACGAUAUCAAGGGGUUAUAUGGAUUAGUCAAAGCGUUGAGUACUGGGACCGAUGAGAGAGAUUCCUCCCUAGGUGGAGCUACCUUGCACGGCAAUCGUAUUCAGCAACCAUAUUUACAAGAGAUGGAAACACAGAGGAAGAAGCAAAGGUACCUCAAGAAACUCACCGAGGUAAAGAUACAGUACAAACAGAUUGGCGGUCAGAUGGGCGCAGAGACUGUUAUAUCAGGCCGGAAGCCGUUAGAUCUUUCGCAUUUUUCUUUCAACUCUCCAGCCAUUGAUCAGGGGUUCCCCGAAAGCCAUAUUUCUGCGACUUAUGACAGCCGAAAUGUCUGGAUUGAAUGGAGCAGCUACUCUUUCAACGAGCCCUACUAUUUCAACGAGCCACAUGCCGACUCGGUCAAUUCCAGACUUGAGGAUCGAAUUCGUCUCUUGACCGAUCUCCUCUGCGAUGAAAUACCAGCAGCCUUUCGGUUGCCACCCUGUCUUGGGUACCUUGCGUUUGACCACAAUGACCAAACGUGGUUUGGGAUUGUUUUCGAGAAGCCUCCAUAUCGUGCCAUAACGCAAGUUGUGACACUACGACAGCUUCUCCAGCAACAACCAAUACCCUCACUUUCCACGCGAAUCUCUCUGUGCGCUACCCUGGCUCAGUGUGUCCACACCUUCCAUGCUGUUGACUGGGUCCACAAGGGGCUGCGGAAACCGUUCGUGCUAGGAUACGAGCUAUCUCGACCUAAUAUCCUCGAUGAGUUGUCUGAGAAGCCGAGAUUCAAUCCCCGUGAAGAUAUCUAUCGACAUCCGUUCGCACAGUCCUCUCAAAACAGCGGAGAUUACCGCAAAUCGUACGACAUAUACAGCCUCGGUAUUUUGCUGAUAGAAAUAGCAACUUGGAAGCCAAUUCAUGCGUUCCUUGAUUUCGACAAUCUGGAUUCUGCCAUGCCUUCGGAAUUGAUCGCUGUCCAAAAGCGGCUGCUCAACGAGGACGUUUUUGACAAUUGCUUACAACGUAUUUCCAGUCAACUUGGUGACUCAUACAAGGAAAUUGUCGAGCUGUGUUUGCGCGCUGAUGAGGUGGAGAGACCAGUAUAUGAUGGAGAGUCUGGAAUCUCGAUAGCAGUUCGACUACAGAGGACUCUGGAGCAGAACAUCGUGAGAAAGUUGGGUGACAUGGAAAGAGCGAUGAGUUCAAGUCAUCCCUUAUAG